AUGGCAGCUUUCACCAACAAGAAGGUGCGCAAAGACAACUCUCGCACUCUUUCUUCCCCGGAUUUACCACCACUAUCACUCGAUCGGUUCCCUCCAGAAAUUCGGGAUAUGAUCCUCACCAACAUCGCAGCUUUGCCCAAACACCACUUGGUCGAUAUGAUGAUCACUUCCCAACAAAUGUACCAUCACUUCGGAAAAAUACUUUAUCAUACACUCAGGAUCGAUGAGUUCAAUGCCAAAAGCGUGUUCAAAGGUUUGCUGCUGUAUACAAGACCGGAUGAACAACCUUUAGUCUUCAGGGAUGAAUUCCGUAAAGACAUUGAUUUCGCGACUGCUUCGAAGGAAAUGAUAUCGGCUCAUAUAUACUUCAAAGAUAUCCCUCAAACACUUACUUCCAUCCGCCAUGUUUCUUUCGGCUCGCCCUUGGUCCAGGCCAUGGUCUGGACGAUACCCAAAUACCAAUGUCCUAAUAUGCUGCACUCUACCUUUACCUACAGCCCCGUACAAUUCAGAACGUGA